AUGUAUUAUAAAAAUAGAGUAUCAUUGAAAAUAUCGAAAGAAGGUGAUCAUUUAUUUUCAUUGGUGGCUGAUAGUGUAUAUCACAGCGUUAAUCAUUCUGGAACUACUAGUUAUUAUUCCUUAGAUGGUACUUGUCACCAAUUCAAAAAUGAUUUAGAUGUCGACAGUGUAGCUAGAAUGCUCGUUUCGAAGAGUGUACUCUCCAAUACCCUUAUAGUAUCUUUUAAAGGUACUGAUAAGUUAAAAGAUGUAAUCAUAGAUAUGAAAAUAAUACAUGUUAAAUGUCCUUUUUCAAAUGAAAAAAUAAAUUGUGGACAGAUUCAUGAGGGUUUUGCAACUGCUUAUUAUAGUAUAAGAAGUACGCUGGAGAGUUACAUUCGGAAUUUGGAUCAGGAAUAUGAUUUGUAUAUGACUGGUCAUUCGCUAGGUGGUUCGAUUGCUCUGGUUGCUUUGGUCGAUAUGUUGUCGAGGGAACCAAACACAUUUCCAAAGAUAAGAUCAUUGAAUGUCAUUACAUUUGGACAGCCACCUAUUGGCGAUGCGACAGCUGCACAAUUCCUAAAGGAUAAUAGCAAUAGAUAUACCUAUAGGAGAUAUCAGAAUAUCGAUGGUAACGAUGUCGAUCCUUUGACAAUCAUUCCAUUCUCCACUCACGCAAACGACGCAAUCAAACUUCAAUGCAAUAGAAGUUGUCCAAUUACCAGUUUCGGUUUGCACUCUCUCGAUUUAUGUACCGCAAGUAAAAACAGUGAGAUGAUCGUUGACAUCAAAGGUACCGAUACCUACUCAUUAUGUCUAAUGAGUUCAAUGAAGUUCUACGAUUACAGUUAUAAAUCCGAUAGUUCCUGUAACGUAAAGAACGACAAGAGUCAUCAACCUCUAAUAGAUAGAAUGAAAACAUCCUAUCAACAAAACUACUCUAUUGCGCAACCCGAUGACUUUGUAGUGGUACUAGAGAAUCAUAACAAGGUACUACCUACAACGUUUUCCUAUAAUAUAACACUACAACAAAAAAUCGAUCCACCCUCAGCACCACGAUCAUUGUAUAUCAAUAAAGUAGAGCAGCUACCACAUCGUGAUAAAAUCAAUAUUAAACACUACACAUGGAUGGUCAAUUGGAAAGCACCUGAAUUCACUGGUCGCGGUAGUAAUUCCACAACAUUAGAUUACUACCUCUAUCUUAGUCCACCCGGUGAGAAUUGGAAACACUUUAAAUUCACAGAACCUCUUACAUCUCUGUUUUUAAACUAUACAAUCAAAGAUAUUCCUAAUAACAAUUACACUGUUGUUGUGAUUGCUGAUAACUCAUUGGAAUCACAUCCAUCCAAUAUAUUUUACAUUACAACAUAG